AUGCAAUCGUGUAUGACUCAUUUAUGUCCGUUUGCAUGCUCAUUUGAACAUUUUCUAAUUCCAUUGAUUCCAUUGUAUUCUAAUAUAAAAUUAUACCUCUGCAUUCAUCUAUAUUUGAAAUCGAUGUGCUGGUCCUCGCUCUUGUCCCAUUCUGCUUCUUCAGGCGACAGUGGGAGCCCGGCCCUUGAAGCCUUUGCCCCCUCUAACAGCAUCUCUGCUGGGAGGCCCGCCCUCGACAUCGCUGUUGGCAUCACGUCAUUUGGCGGGAGUGUCAGCUGCCCUGACAACAUGCUACCCAGCGUGUUCACAAGGCUCAGCAGUUAUCGUCAGUGGAUAGAUGGCGUCAUUCAGGGUUCCUCAUCUGCUGUGGCAGAAUCGGACAGCAUUUCUCCACCCCCCUCAGAGCCUCCAACGCCGUCGUCACCACCAUCGACUGCAGAAGUGCCAUCUGCGGCUUCCUUCGCUGCUGAACCGGACAGCAUUCCUCCACUCCGCUUUGAACCUCCAACAGCGUCAUCACCACCAUCGACUGCAGAAGUGCCAUUUGCGUUAACACCCGUCCCUGCACAGUCAUCAGCAGCUCCGCCUUCGCCCCAACCAAACCCUCAAAAUAUACUCUGGGAGACUGCCAGAGAUGGGGAUGAGGAAAUGGCAAAAAUGGCUCUGGAGGCCGGAGCGGAUGCAGAAUUUGAGUAUAGUCUUUUCGGGAACUCUUCUGAGGUCGUCGCAACUCCACUUUAUGUGGCAUCCCGAAACGGGCAUGUGAAUGUGGUUAAAGUAUUGCUGGCUGCAAAAGCCAAUCCGGAUCACGGGACCAACAAGCGCAGCACUCCUCUGAUGGCAGCAGCAGAGCACGGCCACUUUCUGGUUGUGCAAGCCUUGAUCAAAGCGGGAGCAGAUCCCAAGAAAAAGAGGGCCAAUGGCGACACGGCUCUGCAUUUUGCUGCUGCUCAACUGGGAAAUUCAAGCGAGCGAAUCGUUGAUGCUCUGCUGGACGCCGGCGCGGUCUUGGAUGCGCGAGGAGGGGAUGGGCAGACGCCCUUGAUGUGGGCUGCGUAUUUUGGGAAUCUGGGGAUGGUUGAGCAGCUUAUUAAAGAAGGGGCAGAUUCUUCGAUCAAAGACGACCAUGGAGCAACGGCGCUGGAGUCGGUGUGUGGUUGUCAGUUUUUCGAGGGCAGCACUGGAGAUAUUGCGUGCCCCAAAGGUGGCUGCGAUUUGCCAUCAACAGCUGAAGAGAUUCGGAGCUUGCUGAGCUGA